CGAGGACAAUGGCAAAUUCUACUUUGACCUUUUCUUCACCGAUGGCGAUGGGCUAUCGUCGUUCGUAGACGCUCACCCUGAGCUGGGGCUCUCGAAUCCCAAUAGGAUGGUCGGGAAGCUUGUUAGAUUCACCAUCGAUCCCAAAGCAGAAUCUAAUAAACUUGCUCUGCCACAGGUCCUCAGCCACGUCAAUGGUGAGAUGGCCCGCAUAGACGACAGGUAUGUCGGCAAGCCCUACAGACACACCUGGGGCGUUAUCUGGGGCAGUGGCUUGUGGGACGGCAUAGUGCACGUGGACACUCACACUGGCGUGUCCAAGGUGUGGCAAGGCGGUGACACCGUCAUGGUCCAUGAGCCUUGUUUCGUUCCCACGAGCAAAGAGGCACCCGAGGGCGAUGGCCACCUAGUGUGUGUGGCGAGAGACGAGAGGCGUGAGAUCACCUACCUGAUCAUCCUCGACGCACAGAACAUCACUGCGGGUCCUGUUUGCCUGGUGGAGAUGCCACUGAGACUUCACGUGGCAGCGCAUGGUAACUGGGUAAGUUGUUGAGUUCCCUGCAAUCUCUGCCCAUCCUAACUCGUGAAACUUGGUCAAUGCUUGGGAUAGAAGCGUACGAAAGCCACUGGUUGACUACAGCGGAGCGACACCCGAACUGCUUGCAAAAUUCUCCACUGGGGCUCCGAAGCCAUAUGACGAAGUUCGGGGCAAGCCGGUAGUAACCAAAUAUCCAGGUCGCUGGCCAUUUCCGGUUCAUGAGGAGGUCAAGGGCUAUCCCAACGGCAUUGACACUGAUUAGCCUGGCUGUGGUAUGUCGCCUGUCAGCGCGGAGCUAUUUAUUGGAUCAGACUGGAACGCCAGGUUGUACUUUUUGCACUUAGUGACCUUGAAGCGGUCGGGAAGCAUAGGGCAUAGAAAGAGAGAAACUUUCCCUUCUUGUUUGAAAUAGUUCAACUAGUCUCAUUUAACAAGACCGAUCUCUUCAGUA